AGACGAAGCAUUUCUCCUCAAAGCUGUAGUAUCAAAACCUUGAACGUUGACUUUGAAAGAGGAGGAAGGACUGGCGGCUGAGUGCUAACUUUAAACAAUGUAAAUAUUCUCCAUGAAGACGCCAUCAAAACAUCUUUACUUCAAAAAUAUUCAAGUCCUGCUAGUAACGAAGGUCCUCACGGUUUACUGUGAUGUGUGGUACGGAAACAGCCUCACCGAUCCAACAUGAGUGAGCUUUGCGUUCCCAUAGCAACCGAGUCUUCUGCCAGCUCGGUUCCCUGCACUCCUGUAAAGACAAUAUUGAAUGGCGAACUGAAGAAUGAUAAAAGACAAGCAUGUAGUAAGGAAGAUCUCCAACUUUUAGCUCGUUUAGAGGAACAAAAUAGAUUGUUGGAGUCAGAUUCAAAGUCACUAAAUUCUUUGGUCCAGUCUCAUUCACGGAAAUCGUCGGAUACUAGUAUGGUGUCUGCUCAAUCUUCACAGAGCCACCACAGUGCACCCCUGGAAGAUGAGCAAGUUGAAGAUGUCUGGCUAAUUUGGGGGAAGAUAGUUAACGACUGGGAUAAUCACAUGAAGAAGAAGAAUCAAUAUGUUAGAGAACUUGUUAGAAAAGGAAUUCCUCAUCACUUCCGAGGUGUAGUUUGGCAGUUGCUAUGUAACGCACAGAACAGUCCAAGCAAGGAACAUUACGCAGAGUACAUCAAGAGCUCUUCUCCGUGUGAGAAGGUAAUUCGUAGAGACAUCGCCCGAACUUAUCCAGAACAUGAAUUUUUUAGAGAGAAAGAUGGACCUGGUCAAGAGGGUCUCUUCAACGUGAUGAAAGCUUACUCACUCCAUGACAGAGAAGUGGGAUACUGUCAAGGAAGUGCCUUCAUUGUUGGUUUGUUACAGCUGCAGAUGCCAGAAGAAGAAGCAUUUGCUGUUUUAACGAGGCUGAUGGAAGACUACAGGCUACGAGAAAUGUACAAACCCAGCAUGGCAGAGCUUGGUCUAUGUAUGUACCAACUAGAAUCUAUCGUGCAGGAGCAGAUUCCUGAGUUACAUAUCCACUUUCAGUCACAAAGUUUCCACACAUCAAUGUAUGCGUCAUCUUGGUUCUUAACUCUAUUCACAGCUGCUCUGCCACUUCAGUUAGCUCUGAGAGUCAUGGAUCUGUUUCUCUCCGAGGGCAUGGAAAUGGUGUUUCGUAUAGCAGUCGCCAUUUUGCAGUUCUGCAAAGAAGAUUUGCUACAGCUAGAUAUGGAAGGGAUGCUUCGGUAUUUUCAAAAAGAGAUGCCCUCAAAGUGCGAGACAGACCCAGACUAUUUAGUCUCCAUAGCUCUUCAGGUCAAAUACAACAGUAAGAAGAUGAAAAAACUGGAGAAAGACUAUACAACAUUAAAAGUGAAAGAACAUGAAGAGUUGAUUGAAAUGAGAAGACUACGAACAGAAAACAGACUUCUAAGACAGAGAAUUGAAAACCUAGAACAGGAAAGCUCAUCCCUCGCAGACCGACUGAUCCAGGAUCAGAUUAGCCGUGCUCAGAAAGCUGAAGAGAACUUUGCUAUUAAACGAGAAUUGGCAGAACUUCGAGACAAAGAACAGGCUGUGAAAGAAGAACUGGAACUGGCUUAUGAGCAGAUCAAAACACUAAGUGAGACAGGAUCACAGUCAUCCUCCACCGACAACUCUAUUGAUGACUUGCUCCAGUCUUUACAGGAAGAAUUAGUGGCCGUUAAGUUAAGAGAAGCAGAAAAAGAUGAAGUAAUGCAGGAUUUUCGAGGCCGAAUCCAAGAGCUGGAAGAGGCCAACAAACAACUUCGAGAAAUAACCCCAGACAAAACACUAGCUCAACUGCAAGAGGAGCUGAUUGCUGUUAAACUAAGGGAAGCGGAGGCUAACCUCUCUAUGAAGGAACUUAAACAAAAAGUACUGGGGUUACAAACCGUUUGGAGGCAACACCUGAAUGAAUCUAGCGUAGAUUCUCCUUCACCCUCAAAGAAACAGGAGAAGUCAGUAAUUGUGCAGCUGCAAGAAGAUCUUAUUUCAGCGAAGUUAAGAGAGGCAGAUGCUGUGGCAGAACUAAAGGAGCUUCGCCAGAAAGUUAUGGAACUAGAAGCUCAGAAUCAGGUGAACCUAAACCAGUCAAGACGGCAGACAGAAGAAUUAGAAAAACUUCAGAAGACAUUAGAUGAGACAGUAGAAAGAGAAAAAGAACUUCAGAAUCAGUUGAAAGACGAGGAGAGAAAGUAUGGAAACUUAGAGUCUAAGGUCAAAGAAGAGCAGAUGAUGGCUAAAAUCAAAGAAGUGGAACAUACUCAAGUUAUAGCAGAGUUGAGACAGAAGAUUUCUUCUCUCGAAAUCAAGAAUCAAGAGUUGAUGACAGUUGGACAGCUACGACUUCGACCUGGCGCCGUGAAUAACGUGGAUAGUAAAGAUCUACGAGAACGUGUUGCAGAUCUGAAGACAGAGAUAAUACGUUUGGAAGCUCUGAAUAAGAAGUUGACAUCUGCUGUAGCCAUUCAAGCUUUACAAAGUCCAAGCAGCCCAACCAGUAGUCUUUCGAAAGACAGUUCUUUGACUAACCUGAGCUGCUUAUUAGAACUAGCCAUGAGUCGAAGCAACAGCUUCUGUGAUGAAUCACUAUGUGAACUUCUUCAACUUGGAGUAGAUCAAGGUCAACUAACAACCAAAGAUCUGCUAAAUAAAAACACCAAAGUGAAUGGUGAGGGUAGCUAACUGUUAAAUAGUCAUUCUCCUGAUCCAAAAAGGUAUACUCAUCAAUACAAAUGCUUCAUAUACAUCUAAACAGUAGAACAUAUAUAUAUUUCCUAAGCUAAGUAAAUUUCCCUUUUUUUUGAACUUUUUCUUGAAACAUUGAUAAAGAGUAAUAUUUGUUGUAGCUUUAUUAAAUUUAGACUUUGCAUAUGUUUUUAAAGAUAUAAAUAAUAUAUGUGUGUGUUUGGUGUUAUAACGUCAAUUUAUGUUCAAUCCUGGGUUAUGCAUCGAAAUGAAUACAUAAAGCAUUGUCCCAAUCAAGGCUUAGUUAGAAAACACAGUUUCACAGAUUGUUUGGUACUAGUUGCUUUUGUGUUUCACGUGGUUGUGUAGUUGCUCCGUCCAUGUAUUUAGUUUGUUUGAUAAAUGCAGUUUGCUGCUCGGUGUUACAGUGUGAUACAAAUGCCAACAAAACAAAAAUUGUCUGUGGUUAUAGUUAACAGAUUUUUGUUCUUUUAUAGAUUUCUCAAGUAUUCAGGUUGCUGGUGACCUGGAUCUUGAUAUUGUUAUUAUAUAAUUCAAAACUUUAGGUAGUAAAUAUUGAAGUCCUUAUAAUAGUCUGUCCUGUACAUGUAGGGUGCUAGAUAGAUACUGUAGCUGUCAUGGAGAGUGACUAUACCAAUAGUUAGAUGUCAAUAUUGUUCAAUAAUCAGAAAGCCAUUAAGAUUGUUCUACCAACUAGGGUGAACCCUGUAUAUUAUAUAUUGUGGUAGUUUAAGAUCAUCGUACAAGAUGAUAAAUAACUCUCACUAGUUGAUUAAAAAAAAAAAAAUACACAAAUUAUUCAUAGCUUUGAUGAAAUAUUCUUCUAAUUUUUAUUGACAUUCCAUACAUACUUAUUUAAUUUCUUACUAGAAAAAAGCAGAAAACAAUUUCCAAUGAACAUCUUAUUAAUUGUACAUCUUAGAAAAUGGCUUUAACUGCAGUGUUUAAAAAUGCAUAGGAAACCUUAUUUGCUUGCAUAAUUUAAAGCUACCUUGAUUCAAAGCUGUUCAAUAAUCUCUAAAGCAUAUAAAUCAAUGUCUUAAAAUAAACCUGUAAUCACACAGACUACAACUGUAUUGUCUCCUAAAUACCAGGCAUGAAAAUUUAAGGUUAACAGUAUGAAUGUAUUUUUCAAACAAAUUUUUAUAUAUCUAGUUUGGCUCUAUGUUUCACAUAUAUAAAUAUUUGGUUUUGUCAAUGUAACCUAUACUUUAAAACCAUUAUUGCUACAAUAGUUUUAAAGUUUAGAUUAACAACCUAGAAGUUCUCGGAGCUCUCUACAUUGACUGCAGUAAUUCAUGUAAAAAGUUUAAAUAGCCACCAUUCUAUUUACUCAUUUUAUAGCGUAAAAACUAAAGGUUCCUUUCAAGAUGUUUAAAUUUUUAACUGAAUGAUGUAAAAGUUCAUGGAGAAUUUAUAUUCAUUCACAACCAUUUUAAAAUACCAAAAAAUGGUAGUUGUAUUUUUCCCUCGUGUCCUCUGAAGUACAGAUUCCUACUGCCAAAAACUUAGGUUAGGUAAGAAAAAAAACAAAUGUGAAUCACUUUUACUCUACCUAAUUUAUUUGGACUUCCUGCUGUUAGUUAUAUAUGUUGUUUCAAUCUGGAAAAAUAUUAGUUAUAUAUGUUGUUUCAAUCUGGAAAAAUAUUAGUUAUAUAUGUUGUUUCAAUCUGGAAAAAUACUAGUUAUAUAUGUUGUUUCAAUCUGGAAAAAAUACUCUUUGUUUUGGAAUUGUAAACAUUUUUUGUUUUUAAUUGAAAAAAAUAUAAUACAUUGUUGUACAGUGAAUUUCUUUAAUUUUGUUAUUACUCAGAAGCUUUGAAAAUAAAGUACUAUUUACCAAAGCUUAUAGCCUUUUGCCACUGAUGGAAAUAUUAACAUUAGUUGUUUUGGAUACUCACUAGUCAGGCUAUUACUUGAGUUUACCUGUACAGAUUGCAGUUUAAUUUUGGACUUAUCCAUACUUACCUGAAUAUUCACAAAUUAUCAUUUUCUUUCAUCGCCAAAAAAAUUACAGUAAUCACAUUAUAUAAAACAAAAUCUCUCUAUGUGUAAUUUCUGGCUAUAGUUAAAUAAGUUGGUUGUUCUCUGGCUAUAAUUCAGCCAAACUGAUUGACAAAAAUCUUAUAUAAUUUCCAUUUUGUAAGAAAGACAAAAAGGAUUAGGUAAUAGCAGCACAUAACAGUAUCAUUAAAGUUGUAUAUAGUUAACUGCAUAGGUAACAAAGAUAUCAAAAUUAAAGACCAGGUUCAACAUUUGCCAAGUAUAUAAUUUUAUUUUAAAAGGAUGACAUUUCGAGCUAGAGCUCUUCAUCACAUUGUACAACUUACAACCAAAGUGUACAAUCUGACAAAGAGUGCUAGCUAAAAACACCAUCCUCUUAAAAUAAAAAUAUAAAAAAAAACUUGGCAAUCGGUUAACCUAUUCGUUAAUUUCAGUAACAUCACAGUGAACCAACAAAGAAAAUCGUUUACUAAGCAAGCAUAGGUAAUUUUUAUUAGUUCUCCAACUUAACGUUUCCUCCCAGUAUUAAAAUUAAACUAUAUGGUGAAAACUAAGUACAAUAAUAUACCUCUCAAAAGGUAAAACAAAAAGAUUAUAAUGUAAAGUUAUAGUAAAGUUACUUAUUAAUACUAUGACAAAAAGACAUAAUGAAGAAAAUUACUGUAUUCUCUCCUUCCAACACCCACAAUGACAACUAGAUGCAUUAAUGUCUUUUGUAACACUAAAGCGACAAAACUGAAAUAAUGUAAUUGUCUCAUUUCAAUAGUAAAAACUUAAACUGUACAGUAAAACUUUUUGUUCAUUGUUUUGUCUCCUGCCAAUUAUAAAACAAAGGAAGAAAACGUGUGAAAAAAAUAUAAUUUCCUGCCAUUAUUAGAAAAAAAAAACCAACUCUAUAAGAAAAGCUGAAGUACAAUAAGGUUUCCUGCCAGUAGUAAACAAAAACCUUUGUUAUGAAAACCAAAUGGAGUAACAUCUCCUGCCAAUAGUAAACAAAAACACUGUACAGUAGUUUAAAAGUAAGCACAGUGAUGUAUUUUGCCAAUGAUGUAAUGAAAAAUCUGAAUAGCGAAACUAAGUAUUGCAAUAUUUCCUGCCAGUAGUAAAAUAAAUAAGAAACUUAUGUUAAAAACAAAAUGUAGACUAUAUAAUAAAAAGUGUGAUAUCUCUAGCUAAUAG